AGGAGCAGCAUCUGUGGAAAGUCAUUCUUUCACAAAUUUUCGCAGUGAGCAGAGCUCUUGAAAGUAGAAAAUAAAAAAAGUAAAAAUUAAAUUCCUCUCUCAGAGUCGUUGUGUCGAGCAAUCUUUGGUUUUUCGCAUUCCUAUCCCCGCGUGCAACUCCGUUCCCAUUAAAGUGUAACUGUAAUUAAUUUAGUCACAAGAAUACAUCGAACGCAAGAAGAAAAUAAAAUGGUUCCAGUUACUAAACCGAACACCAAGGAGGUGCAAUGCCAGCUGGCAGCAUGUGAUGAGACCAAGCAGCAGCCGGAGACCAUUGUCACCCCGAAGAGCGGCCGUGUGGGCAUCUUCAAUGCCGAAGAUUUUUUGUCGCGUGCCCAGACGAACGACAAGAUCAACAACAUCUUACGCUCGCCCACUAAAGCCCCAAAUGGCGUGCGCCAACGCUCGGUGUACACCAACAACAACCCAUCACCGCAGUCGUCGGUUCGCUUGCCCAAUGCGGCAGCAUCGCUUUCAGCUCGUAUGAGCAGCAUAUCGCUGAACAGCGGCAGCGCCAGUGUGGGCACCAACACUUCAGUGCUAGCCAAGGAAUGCUCUAGCCAGACUAAUGCCAUAGGUGCCUCGGGCUCCUAUCGUGCCAUGGGAAUGGGCAUGCACCAGUCGCAGCCGCUGCUCACUGCCGUUGCAGACUUGGAGCCACUGGUCCUGAGCACUAAGUCGUUGACUGCUCGCUUCGCUGGGCCAUUUGGGUAUGACAAUAGCGGCGCCUACUGUCAGCCACAACCGCAACCCCAAAUGCACCACACUCAGCAGUAUCCGUCGCCCAUGCCGCCUCCACCUCAUGCCUUGGGUCGUGUCAGCUCUCGCACUUUUGAGUUCGAGAAUAAUCCACCACCACCACCGCCAUGUCCUGGCUCCGGACCGAUUGCCAUGUCCAAUGGCACCAUCCAGCUGCGCUUGCGCGAGGGAGUCAGAAUCGAUAUGACUCUGGACAAGGCCGUGCGCGUGUUGAAUCAGCGCAGCAUGGUGGCUGUCGCACUGUCGCGCAAUGGCACAAACUCUGCUCUAAUCCAUCCCAAUGGUCGAAUCCUGCAGAGUGGUUCCAAGGUGGAAAUCGUGACCUAUGACGGCAUGAAGGCCAACAAUUUUGUGCGCUAUGCUAAGAUGUGGUACAAGGGUGUGAGCUUCACCAGCGAGUCUUGUGCUUUGAUUUAUCUGGUGGACACUGCUGGAACACGCACCACAACCGACACUUUCACUGACCUGACUAAGGACUACACUCUGGCAGUGUUUUAUGACGACUCGCGCCACGGUCCCUCAUUUGUGCCCGAUGCACAGGAGGUGAUUGCAAAGUCAUCCUACAGUUGCGCAGACGACGGCACCGAGAUGUACGACAUCAAUGGUUUUCGCAUCAUUCAGGCCGCCGAUGGCCUGGUGAAGGUGACUCGCCAACACAACAAGGGGCUCAUUCGCACCAGCCCUGGCAAUGGAUCGGUCACUCUGACCACUCUGGGCAUCCACUGCACCGCCUCCUUGGGCAAGACCUCGCAUCUGUUUUUACGUCGCAAUGAAAAGCGCAUGCACUUCGAUGGAUCCAAUUUUAUAGUGCGCAAUGCAGGACAUUCGGCAGGAUUUAACGAGAACAACCUGCUCAUCGUGUACUAAUUUAGUUCCAUCUGAGACACAUACGUAGACCCACAAGACUCACACAAACACACAAACAGACACCUUAAACAGUUUUGGGGACUGUUGCGCUGCCGUAGCGAGGAGAGAGUAAUAACCAAAAAUAUAACCCACAGAAAUAGCUUGAAACUGAAAACAGGCUCGCAAAAAAGCGCGAGCGACGCUAAGGCCAUUCUGAUCAUACGUAUAACAUGAAACACCUAAAACCCAAACGCUGUGUGAUUGGGUGACUUUUGGAUGCCUUUCGUUACUCGACGUAAGCGCAACGCAACUAACAAGGAAUUCGUUUUUAGUUAUCUUUUCAUACUCGAUCUUUUUGAUAUCAGUGAAAAUUCAGUUAAAAAAAAAAAAAAAAAAAAAAAAAAAAAAAAUAAAAAAUGAUUUUAGGACACGGAUCCACUGCCCUGCCUACUAAUUGAAAACGCUGACCAUUUUGGUAGAUUGAGAAGUGUCAGCGUUUUAAUUUUUAAGGCUCAUUUUGGCAUGAAAAUGACUCUCUUCAAUCAAAUUUUAACAAAAUCUUUUGCUAAUAAUAUGAGAAUAUUAAACAAGAAAAAAAAAAACAAAAAAACAAAAAUCGUACAUAAGGAAAGCCUUAAAAAAUUUUUCACAUGCUAAUCAAAUUUAAAACGACAAGCGAUGCAUAUUUGUUCGCAACAUGACGCCAAUGUGUGUGUGCAACAAUUAGUAGGCAGAGGUCUGAAGAGGUGGCUGUCCUUCCAAGCGCAGGGCUGGGCUGCUCUAGUCCGGUCUGGUCUGGUCGGGUCAGGCCAAGUCGGGUCAUGUCAGAUCAGAUCAGACCAGGUCAGAUCAGAUCAGAUCAGGUCAGGUCAGAUCCGGGAACAGCGCCAGUAAUAAUUCUAGUUACUCGUUAUAGUUAAGAUUAGUUUGUAGUUGCUGCAAUCCAAACACAAACAUGUUCAUCCACACAGACAAUACAAAGUGAAAUAUUGUUAUAUUCAGAAUUUUGCAAAUUCAAAGUCAGCAUUUUACACAACGGACGGCCACUAAGGACGCUCCAAGGAAAGUAUGAAAUUAGCAGAGUAUUGCAAGAACUACUCGUCAUAUCACACUCAAUCGAUGAACCGUGAAAUUGUAAUAGUAAUGGAACUCGAGAAUUGGUGAAAGUACCCAAUCGCCUAGCAUGCGAACACUACCACCCACAUACACACAGUUAAUAUUCAUUUUAAAUAUUCACAUGGAUAGGAUGCCAUUGUUCAAGCUAUCCCCUAAGCUUGAGCCUUACGCCAAUCUCCGACACCCAAAAUCACAAGCAUGUAUAACGAAAUUAAUCUAUGUAUCUAAAUCGAAUAAAAAAAAAUGUGUUUUUAUCAAAAA